GGGAGAGGGAAAGGGUGAUUAUGGAGUGGAUAACAUCCAUACAUCAGAAAUGUGUGUGCACCAUGGUGUCCUUGAUUCCCAUACAAAAGCUGAUAAAAAAGAAAAAUCACGCCCCUGCGUCACAGGGAUGAUUGGGUAAACAUGUUUCUGUUGCACCGCUCAGGAGUCCAUUAAUGUCUGGAUUAAUGUACAUCUUGCAUCACAUAACAUUGAUUAUUUUCCUAUAUCAGCAAGGCCUGUAGUGUUUUAUUCUUUCCCUAUUGACAGGAAGCUGUUUGCUGCAUUUGAUUUGAUCAUUCCUAGACUCCAACCAGGAAAAUCCAAGGAAAACACCUCCUCAACUUGAAAUUCCUACUUGUCAACUUGGGACAGUCUUCUCAACUACGAGUUCCUUCACAAUUUAUGGAGUGAUGGCAAAUCAGCAUGGCAUUGUACAGUAUCAUAAGCUUCCUUGGGAAGUACAAGCCCAGUUGGCUCUUUAUCAUCGGAAGAUCACGAUUUCGACCCGACAGCGGACAUGUUGGUCCACGAUUAUGACGACGAGCACACUUUAGAGGAAGAGGAGAUGCGAGAAGGGGCAUCAAACGGGAGUUCUGAGAUAGCAGAUCUGGAGAAGGAGGGGAACAUGCCAUUGGAAGAGCUGCUUGCCUUGUAUAGGUAUGAACCAUCAGUCAGCGCUGUUGGAGGUUCGAGUGCAGACAGCUCUUCAGUCGAACUGACAGACGAGUUACCUGACAUGACAUUAGACAAGGAGGAGAUUGCUAAAGAUCUGCUGUCUGGGGAUGAUGAAGAAACCCAGUCUUCUGCUGAUGACCUCACACCAUCGGUGACUUCGCACGAAACAACCGAUUUCUUCCCCAGAACUCUUCGCUCCAACACUAUUUAUGAUGGAGACAAAGAGUCUGAAGGUGAGGAGGACGGUCUGAACACUGAGGAUUCUCGAAAGGAAAUAAUGGUUGGAUCUCAGUAUCAAGCUGAAAUUCCCUCCCUUACCUCUUAUAAUGAACACGAGAAGGUUUACGAGAAUGAUGAUCAGUUACUGUGGCGGCCCGACGGACUACCGGAGUCCAAAGUGAAAGACUUUUUGCACGAAGCCACCUUUUCGUGUGCUGGUGCCGCUAUACGGGAUAGAAAAGGUCUCGUUAAAGACAACGAACAGGCUUUGUAUGAGCUUUUAAGAUGCAACUACAAUGUCCAUGAAGCUCUUGAAAGGUAUCGCAGCAAAGAAAAGUCCUCAAAGGAUGAAACACUCCCGUGGACUGAAGAAGAAUGCAGAAACUUUGAACACGCGCUGCUUUUGUAUGAGAAGAAUUUCCACCUCAUUCAGAAACACAAAGUACACACGAGGACUGUGGCAGAAUGUGUUGCGUUUUACUACAUGUGGAAAAAGUCCGAACGCUUCGACUUCUUCGUCCAACAAAACCGGUUUGGAAAAAAGAAGUUCAGCAGCUAUCCUGGUGUAACGGAUCUGAUGGACCGGCUGGUGGAUGAAGCCGAGGGUCUGGUGGACAGCUCGGGCUCUGUCUGCUCCAGCAGCAGCGGCAGGAUAGAGGCCUCAGCUGACCAGCAGCUCAAUCUCCUCAACUCCAUCACCGCCAGCGACCUCUCUGCGUUAACCAGCAGCGUGGCGUCAGUGUGCAACCCGAGCGACGUGGGCUGCCUGGACUCGUAUAGCUUCUCUCCACUCGAUGGCCUCCACCGCGCUUCCCUGAGCCACAGCGAGCCGCUCGGCUUCUCCGGCAGCGGAGAUGGAGACUGCCUCAACCUCCUGGACGCUGGCUUCUACCAUUCGGAGCUGGGGCAGCUGAACGUGUGUGGUGAGGAUUGCGAGAGGCCUCCAGCUAAGAGGCUCAAGAUGGGCCUGUCCGAGCCAUUCCUCAACGAGCGCAGCAUGGCCGUGGACUUCACCAGCACCAAAAUGGCCGUGUCCGUUACUGACUUCAGCGAUUCAGGCAGCUACCUAGCGAGCCACGCGCUACAUCAGCACACGGCGCUGCAGUCUGAGUGAAAACAAAACGCCUCACACAACUGCACACUCGGACCAUGUACAUAGCCGCUCACUGGAAAUUCUAUUCCUUUUGGUUUUUUUUACUUUUUUUUUUUUUGUGUGUGUGUGUGUGUGUGUGUGUGUGUGUGUGUGUGUGUACAGAAUCCUUUUUUACUAUGACAUCAGUGAUGUCUUAUUGUACAGACCUUAAUCUUGAGUUCUCAAGAGUUAAUAACAGCCAUUUAUUUUCAGUCCAUAAUAUUUUGGAACGUGUCCCGUGUCCUGUCCGAAUACUGUGGUGGGGUGAAAAGGUCAACGUUCUUCAUGAUCAGUAGAGUUCCCACAGGAAAAUGCAGAAACCUUUUUUUCGUCUCACGUGUCCUGCAACUUAACAGCGAUCUCUGCUGUGGCGCAUCUUAGUACCGGAGAUCUGCCGAGCGGUACCCACACCCUGCAUCACGUAGCGUUUACGUGCGGACUCCGAAACGUUUUGAAAUGGGUUUUAUUUGGCGCAAAAAUAUUUUCUUUUGGGGGGGGGGGGUUGUGGAGCCACUGUGCCUCUUGAAGGAGCACUUCUCUGGGCUGCAGCUACCUGCGAAUGUUCAUCUUUAUUAUCCAUGUGCAUUCCGGUGGCCCUGCGAUUAAUGCUUCAGACUCUGUUUUGAGAAAUCCAUAUUACAGUUCCUUCAACUGCUCCUCUUUAUUUUAUAUCCAGUCACUUGAUUUAUUAUAACUAAUAUUUAUACAUUUUUAUCAGUGAUCAGUAAUUAUCGUUUUCUCCCAUCAUAUUGGAGUACUUUUAUUUUUUUGAGAUCUUUUCAUCAGACAAUAGGAAAAGUGCUCUACAGUUUGAUACAUUUUUCUUUUAAUGUUUGUUUUGUGUUCUUGUUUGUAGUGGUUGAUCACUUUUGGGGGGGGGG